AUGAUGAAGAAAAGAUGGAGUUUAACACAGAGAGUUGAGCGAGUCGUUGUGAAGGUGAAACCAUUGGAAGAGAGAAAGGGAAACGGUGAAGGAAAUGCCUCAGAAUUGCUCCCAGUGAGAGUAAUUUAUUUAAAAUUGAAGAGGGCCCCACGGCGAGGUUACCAUAGAUCUGGAAGAAAGGUAACCGGAUUCUGUGCAGCGGCAGAGGUUCCUCCGCCCAUCUCGGUGGCGGUAUUGAAGAAAUCCGCGGGAACGGCGGUUCGUUUCACGUCGGCUUGGGGUAAAGGCGACGCCGACGGCGGCGGUCUCUGUUUAGGCUAUGAGAACCCUGUCUUUAUGCCCACUUUGAAUCCUCGCUUGGUGGGUGUUCGUUGCAUUGCUCUUGGGGGUCUGCAUUCCGCUGCGCUCAACUCGCUUCACCUGGCCUCGGGCCAUUGGGAUGUAGGUUUGGCCUGUGGUGGUUCCUCUUCAACGCAGCUAUUACAGAACAUAGGCGAAAGGGAAAGGGAAAGGGAAAGAGGCAACGGUACAAAAGAGCGGACAGGUAUUGGUGGUGGCGACGGCAGCGUCGGUUGGUUAAUCUCAUUCAGAUCAGAGUAGGCUCGAACAUCUGACUUUAUUGGUAGAACUCCAACAAAAAAAAGAGAACACUAAACGAAAUGAUGAGAGGGGAUGACAAUGGUAUGAUUUGUGAUGCUCACUCAGUCUACAAACUUUCGAUGUUGUAUUUCAUAAAUUUUGUAUUCGCUAAUUCGAGUACAGUGUCAAAAGUUGAUAAUUUAAGAAUCAUCUAGCGUCGGGUCGUAAUUUGAUUGUUAUACUUCAAAAGCUUGACUUU